AUGCAUUGUGGGGACCGAGGAGGAAGUGCCGGGGAGCGGAUCGAGAACACCAUGGAGGCUUUCGAGAACGCGGUGGCGCAGGGCUGUGAUUGGCUGGAGCUGGACGUGCGCCGCACCCGCGACGGCGUCGUCGUCGUCUGUCACGACCGGGAGCUAUGGCGGCAGAGCGGCCGCCAUCUUGACGUCUCCCAGACCGAUUACAAGGACCUCCCCCCCUACCAGAGCCCCCUGGAGGUGACGUUUUCUCCAGGCUCGUUCUCCUCCGGCUGCGAUCGCCGAAUUCCCCGAUUGGUCGACGUCUUCCGGCGCUUCCCGCGGCAGCCAAUGAGCAUCGAGGUCAAGGACGACGACGAUGACCUCAUCAAUGAG